UGGAAGCCAGCAAGCUGAGUUGCCCAGGGUUUUGUCUGAUUUCUUUGCCGUGUGUUAUAACCAGCCAGUGGGAAGCCAUAGAAGAUUUCUGGCGGCUACGGAACUUCCCAAACGGCGUUGGAAGCCUUGAUGGUUUCAGCAAAUAUCUUGGUCCUGACGCACAACAGCUAAAGAGAGAAGUACAACUUCCAAUCAAAAAGAAGGAGAUGGAGCUGCCAUACGUUAAAGAGGAGGACAAUAUCACCAUGUCGACUGGUGAACCCUUGAAUAGCGAGGAUGGUCCGAGUGAGGCCAGCAGAGGGACAGAGCCUCCAAGCACCAGCUCAACAAGAGGAUCGCAAGCACACAUUUUCAUCGCACCAUCAGAUAGAAAUGGAGCCAUGUCACACUCACCUUCCAAAGAUGAUGGUUUCAGCAAAUAUCUUGGUCUUCAGUGGCAGGAGUCUCCUGGCGUUAAAGAGGAAGUUGAGCACCCGCAUAUGAAAGAGGAAGAGCCAGAGCACCCUCAACAGCAAAAGAGAGAAGUGCAACUUCCAAUCAAAAAGGAGGAGGUAAAGCUGCCAUAUGUUAAAGAGGAGGAUGAUAUCAUCAUGUCGACUGGUGAGCCCUUGAAUAGCGAGGCUGGUCCGAGUGAGGCCAGCACAGGGGUGGAGCCUCCAAGCUGCAGAAGCAGCAGCAGCUCAAAAGAACCAUUGAAAGCGGACAUUUUCAUCGCUCCAUCAGACAGAAAUGGUGUCACGUCACACUCUCCUUACAAUGAUGAUGGUCAUAAGAAAUCUCAGUGUGACGACAAACUCUGCAAAUGCUCUCUGUGUGGGAAAACCUUUGCUGAUCAGUAUUGUUGUCGUAUGCAUAUGAGGAGCCACAAUGGUGAAAAUCCUCUUGUCUGCUCAGUUUGUGGUAAAAAUUUCACUCAGAAGAGCAAAUUAGACAGACACACAAGAACCCACACUGGUGAAAGACCUUUUUCCUGCUCAGUUUGUGGUCAAACAUUCACUUGGAAGAGCAACUUAAACAAACACACAAGAACCCACACUAGUGAAAAACCUUUUUCCUGCUCAGAUUGUGGUAAAAAAUUCUCUGAAAAAAGCACCUUGAAACAACACACAAGAACCCAUACUGGUGAAAAACGUUUUUCCUGCUCAGAUUGUGGUAAAAAAUUCUCUGAAAAAUGCACCUUGAAACAACACACAAGAACCCAUACUGGUGAAAAACCUUUCGUCUGCUCAGUUUGUGGUCAAAAAUUCUCUGUAAAAGGCAACUUGAAACAACACUCAAGAAUCCAUACUGGUGAAAAACCUUUCGUCUGCUCAGUUUGUGGUCAAGGAUUCACUCAAAUUUGCCAUUUAAAAGUACACACUAGAAUCCACACUGGUGAAAAACCUUUUUCCUGCUCAGUUUGUGGUCAAGGUUUCACUUCGAAGAGAAACUUAAAAAUACACGAAAGAACCCACACUGGUGAAAAAUCUUUUUCCUGUUCAUAUUGUGGUCAAGGGUUCAGUCGCAAGAGCCACUUGCAAAGUCACACAAGAACCCACACUGGCGAAAAACCUUUUUGCUGCUCAGAUUGUGGUCAAGACUUCACUCAAAUUCACCACUUAAAAGUACACAUUAGAACCCACUCUGGUGAAAAGCCUUUUUCCUGCUCAGUUUGUGGUCAAGGAUUCACUCAAAUUCGUCACUUAAAAGUACACAUUAGAACCCAUACAGGUUAAAAACUCUUUGCGUGGUCAGUUUGUGGUCAAACAUUUACUUGGAAGAGCAACUUUAUCACACAAGAACCCACACUGGUGAAAAAACUUUUUCCUGCUCAGUUUGUGGUAAAAAAUUCUCUGAUAAAGGCAAUUUGAAACGACACACAAUAACCCACAUUCGUGAAAAAUAUUUUGUCUGCUCAAUUUUUGGUCAAUGAUUCGCUCUAAAGCAACACUUGAAAAAACACAUGAGAACCCACACUGGAGAAAAAACAUUUUCCUGCUCAGUUUGUGGUCAAAAAUUCACUCGAAAGAGUAGCUUAAACACACACACAAGAACCCACACUGGGGAAAAAAAACAUUUUCCUGCUCAGUUUUGGGUCAAGGAUUCACGCGAAUUCAACACUUAAAAGGACAGGCAAGAACCCACACUGGUGAAAAACCUUUUUCCUGCUCAGUUUGUGAUCAAAAAUUUGCUCGCAAGGAUCAGAUUAACAGACACGUGUGUAUUGGGGUGGGAAGCAGUGGCCAAUGAAAGUUUUGCCUGUCAUCCAUGCUGCCUUCAUCAGAUUGUGCACGCAGAUCGCACGCAGUCAAUUGUAGAGGUUCCUCAAAUCCUGUUGAGGAUUGGCAGUAUUGGUGCCUUACAUGAGCUUUAUCCAAUCCUUGUCUUAUGUGGAUCCACACUAUUUCCAAAAGUAUUGGCUCACCUGAUUUAACUCUCAAGUUGAGUGGCAUUAUUUAUACAAUACUCUUUCAAACUACACUUUUCACAGAUGAUUUUUGAAACGGUAGACCCCAAAUUACAAAAAAUUCUAAAUCAUUCAUCAAUAAUAAAAUGACAUAAAUAUGGAAAAUUAUGAUUGGCUCGCAAAUAUUUUUUUGGGGGGGAGGGGUGAUUAUACGUAAUUUAAAAAGUUACUAUUACUACUCUUGAUUGACAGUGAUAUAUUACGACAGUAUUGGGGACAAAUAAAGGGAGGGAAAAAAUGACUACGUUAUUAAAGUUGUACUCUUACUACAAGAAAAAAUGUCAAAUUAUUACGUAGGAGUAAUGUCGCUGAAUAAGGGACUACGCACUUUAUGUACAUGUACCUUAGCUGGGAGCUCCGACAAAGCAUCUGUAAAAUCCUUCCAUUGAUUAUAAUUUGAUGUAGAUGAGCUAAAAGAUAACAGAUUUCCUUAUUUUGGAAACUGAUUCUAAAACACAGCCUCGCGAGAUGCUUUCAUUAUUGUUGACUUUCAUAGAGGCGGCAAAGCGCUACAGAAAGUACGUGGCUGCUUAUUCAGCUACAUUACCUCUACGUAACAGAACGAUUUUUUCCCCCUCGUAAUAACUACUACUAUAAUCUCAUAAUCCUCUUUUCUUUAUUUUGACCUAAUACUUUGUGGUACAAAUCGGACAAUGAUGAUUGAAACAAUCAAUGAUUGUUGAUCAAUGAUGAAACUCUCUCGACUCUGCUUCGAAUUUUAAAGUGCUUGUACUUCACUGCGCUUGUUAAAUUUAUUCAUUACAAACAACUUGUUUUUAUUCAGUCCUAGCCUCCCCUUCCCUUUGUUCAGAACAAGCUAAUUAUAAUUCUAUAACUCAAAACUAGGGUUGUAACGAAAACCGAUGCUUCAUUACAAAGUUGAUUCUAAGAUUCAGAAAAUGUGACGGGACUGCCUUUUCUGCAAUACCCGAAGUAUUGCCGGUACCGACGCGGUCGACACGAUCUGGCCGCUUCUUUUGUGUGGCAUACGAGACUGGGCUGCACAAGUUGCCCCACAAGCGGUUAUUUACACCGUUAAAAUGGGGGUAGUAAAUGAGUGGUUCCAUGGCAACCCACGCUGUGCUAAAGAACGUGAAAAACAGUCAAUGUAUGCAACAGGGCAGUGACAUGUGCAUUUAUGUCGUCUUUUUUUUUUUUUUUUUUUUAACCUUUUUUAGUUUAACCCUUUUACACCUAAGCCUAUUAUUUUUUCCCAAAUCUGCAUACCUAUGAUGAUGCCUUUAUAUUUCAAAGAAAAAUAAUCACAAUUGCCAGAUUGGGUCCCUUUUUUAGGUCAUCAUAACCUUCAUGUUCAAACUUGUUUUCUUCAACCAAUUAUAAUCAAAAUUUUGGACCCAAAAAGACAAAAAAAAAUCUAAACAUUUUUGUCAAAAUUUGUAAUAUUGAUGUCCCAUUGACAACCAAACAUGCUCGAUGAAACAUUUUUAAGCGGGAUAUUUAGUCAACUUGUUUGGAUAAACAUUCAACAGAAAAAAAUGAGACUGAAUAGUUUUAUGUUUGAUAAGUCAACAAAAACGGCAGGUAUGGUCAAGGGCGUUUUUGUCCUUUCUACAUAUUAUGGUCAAAACGGGUUAUAUACAGGAGACCAACAGUGCAAAAUAGUGACAUAUAUAUUAUAUACAGUAUAUAAUACAUUAUAUAUUUUGUAUAUAAACUAUAAUAUACAAUUUAUUGGAUACCUUCCCUCUCAAUGUGCAAAACAGGCCAUAAAAUGAAAACUAUGUACAUUUUGGGCAUGUUGUGACUCAGUGGUAGAGUAGUUCUCCCCCAACCCAGAGGUUGUGGGUUCGAUUCUCUGCCCUGAUUAACUCGCCUAAGUAUCCUUGAGCAAAAUACUGAACCCCGCAUUGCUCCUGGUGCUGUGUGAACAUUAGGUAGAUGGCGAUGUAGUGUAAAGCGCUUUGAGAGCCUUGAAAGGUGGGAAAGCGCUAUACAAGUAUAAUACCAUAACCAUUUUUUAAUCUUUGAUUCCUAAGAGAUCCUUGUCAGUUCCUCUCAGGCUGGAAACACAGGCCCACAUUGUAUGUCUCACACAUCCAGGCAGUGCUCUUCUGCAGAGCUGGCGCCUCAUUGCUGGCUCUCUACGAUUUUGGUCUAUGACCACACUGGAAUCUCCAGCUCCAGCAUCUCCACAGUCCUCUCUAGGAUAUAGGUCCGUUAGAAGACGAGUACUUAUUUUAUUGUCAUUUCACAGCACAUACACAGUAUAUCUGUUCCUCAUCACAACACAAACUGUAGCAAAGUAGUAGCAGGGGUAAAAGUGGCUAGAAAUUUCUUGCCGGAACUCCCUGACAUGAAGGUCGCCACGGAGCCAGAUAAAAAAAAAAAAAAAAAAAAUUAGGGGGAGGGGGUGGGGCUCAAACCUCGGAAAACCACUGAAUUGCAGAUAAAACUGCUUUUGGUAGUUACUCCUAUAACACAAACACAUUUUCGUUCAAAAUUGUGUUUUUUUUUCCCCAAUGAUUUGCAUAAUAAAAUUUAACAGAACCAGCAGUAACCCCAACAUCCAUCUCCUAAUUUCCCCCCCACAUUUCCUAAAUGCAAAACCUCCACUUUAACUACUUAAGAACAUUGGAUGUUCAUUGAAAUAGUGUACUCCACAUAACACGUCACCUUUGCUCAAUAAUAUUCAUUAUGUAAUACAAUAUUCAUUAUAUAGUACUAUGAUCCCAUUUACCGGCAUUAUGUACUAUUCGUAUGGCUCAUUUUUGCAAAAUGGAUAGUGAUUUUAUUGUACACUAUUAGGUUUUACCCCAGACCUCUGCACAGUAGUGUAUAUAUGGCAGGAUUAAAGAAUGUGGAGCGAUUUAUUGUCAAGACUGUUUAGCUUUAUUCAGGACUGAUAUGCUUCUUGAUACUUUGUAUAUGUUUUACUAUACAGGAGCUUUCUAGUUAACCUUGUCAUCAAUAACUACCCCAAGAAACUUAUUUUCAUUGACCCUUUCAAUAUUCACCCCAUCUAUUUGUAUUUGUACCUGACUAUAUUAAUUGUAUUUGCUAAAUAAAACGAAUAUGGUUUACUUAAAUUUAAUGAGAAUUUGUUUCUGUCAAACCAUGUCUUUAGUUUACAAAUUUCAUCAGAAACCCUCCCCAGGAGCUCAUGCACAUCCCCCCAGAGCAAAAGAUACUUGCGUCAUCUGCAAAUAGAACUAAUUAUAUUAUUCUUGAAACUUUGUAUAUAUAAUUCAUUUAAAGAAUAAACAGUUUUGGACCUAACACUCAACAAUCAAUUCAUUAAGAAUUGAAGGUAAGAUUUUUCCGAUCCAUUAUCGAUAUUGCUUAACGAUUUGACACUUUAUCGAUUCUCUUAUCGAUUCUAAUUUGGACUAAUGGACUGAAUGAGGUUCUGGGUUCAAUAUGUUUUAUGGUUCAUUUGCCCGGGGGGUCGGUUAGAACACAAGGAGCGGAUAGUGGAGUUGGUCUUUGGCACUUUUAAUCCAGUGAUGGCAAACUGAAGCAUCAUGAAGCAAUGAGGCUUUCCAUCAAACUGGUUCGCUCCUGAGCCGAAGCAUCAUGAGGCUUCAUUUGUUCUAUUGCGCCUUCAUGUGGAAAAUAAAUGACAUGACAGACAGAGUGAUUAAAAUGAUACCAUGGAUUUGAUGGGGUCAAAAGGGCAGGGAGUUGUUAUGUGAAUGAAUGUGCGUGUGUUACUUGAAAAUAAGCCUAGAUAUGGCCUAUAAGAAAUCCAGCCCGACCCGGCCCGAGCAAUUAACUUAACUUUCAGGUCCGAGGCCGAAAAAACCCGAACAUUUAUUUUUUUUAUUUGUAUCCCAGAGCCCGGAAAAAAGCCAAAAUUUUAUUUUUUAUUUGUGGGGACCCAGAAGGAGGAAAUGCAGGGAUGCAAUGCGUCAGUCAGACCUGGACAGAGCACUGCUUGGAAAAUGGUUGCAUUUUGUGUGAUCACAUUUGUGACAACACCUAUGUGCAUAAUGAUAACAAAUUAAAGCCUGUCUUUUGUUACAAAUUCCCCCAGUUGAACAAGACUGUAAAAUGUAUAUUCAAUAAACAUUUAUAUCUUUCAUACAGUGCCAUGCAAAAGUAUU